CCAGAACGAUUACCAUCUAAUCUUAGCUCCCUAUCACACCGUCCAGGAAAUUUCCCGCCUCUAAUGUCGUCUUCCAUCCUCUCUGCAUCUGCUAAGGGCGCCACUUUUCUCAUCGGCCUGCAGGUUGCAUCUCGAGCGCUGACGUUCGCGGUGAACCAAGUGGUCCUUCGCUACUUGUACCCAGAGAUCCUAGGUCUAUCGGCUCAACUCGAACUCUUUUCCAUUUCGGCUCUCUACUUUGCGCGCGAGAGUCUGCGCGUGGCCUUGCAACGCCAAGCUCAUGGAACGCAAGCUGUAAUCAACCUAUCCUACCUGGCUGUCUUUUUCGGUGUCCCCUUGAUCUACGGUCUCGCUAUCUUGUGUAUGCGUUCGGAAACGCUCCAAGUGCCAUAUUUUGUUGAUGCUUUGAGUAUCUACUGCUUGGCCACCUUUCUAGAACUCCUAUCCGAACCAGCAUUUUCGGCCGUGCAGCAGAAGUUAUUGUAUAAAAUACGUGCCUAUGCUGAAGGAGCGGCCACCCUUUCAAGAUGUUUCGGGACAUGUGGAAGCGUGUUUCUGGCUUCGUACUUUGGGCUUGAUGUUGGGGUAUUGCCUUUCGCAGUAGGACAAUUGAUCUACGCCCUCGCUCUUUUGACUGUGUACACCUGGAAGACUUGGCCUGUGGCGAGGCAAGAUGGAUUUUCCUUACUACCGAAACAGAUACCGUCGACCAAAGAGGCGCCAGUGAUUCUCGAUCACUUUUCCUUGCCUUUGCUACGUCUUACAGGGUCUUUGACCCUGCAAUCCUCGUUCAAGUAUAUCUUAACGCAGGGUGACUCUCUCCUUAUUACGUCCCUGGCAUCUCUCGCAGACCAGGGAGCGUAUGCUCUAGCAUCUAACUAUGGUGGACUCGUAGCCCGCAUGCUCUUCCAACCCAUUGAAGAAAGCAGUCGAAACCUUUUUGCCAAACUCUGUGCCGACAUACCUCCUCUCUCGUCCACAUCAUCUGAAACCCACGAGGACAAAGAAGCUCGAACAUCAUCUCUUCACCAGGCACGCAACGUCCUCGCUACAACACUACAUCUCUAUGCUCUGUUAUCAGUAUUCGCACUUACCUUGGGUCCCUCUCUUUCUCCACUCCUUCUCUCUAUCGUAGCCGGCUCCCGCUGGUCAUCGACCGAAGCGUCGAGCGUACUCUCGACCUACUGCUACUACAUACCAUUCCUCGCCAUUAACGGCGUGACCGAGGCUUUCGUCGCCGCUGUGGCCACUAGCACGCAGCUCUACACACAAUCGCUUUCCAUGGGCAUCUUCUUUGCGCUGUUCGCGGGUAGUGCGUGGUUCUUUAUUGCUCAGCUGGGGUGGGGAGGUAGCGGAGUUGUCGCUGCCAACACAGUGAACAUGGGCCUAAGGAUCGUGUGGAAUUUAUGGUUUAUCAAAGGGUGGUUCGGAGAGAGGGCAAUGAAAUGGCAGCUUACAGACACGUUCCCGACUAUCACGACCGUGGCAGUUGCACCGCUUGUGCCGUACCUUAUUCAGAUCAAACCAGGUAUGGUCUAUCUGGAGAGAUUCGGAGUGUUGGGAGAGUUGAUUAGUGCAGGGUUAGUUGCCGCGCCUUUUGUUGUAUAUGUACUUUUCUGCGAAAGGGGAUUCUUGGGUGAGUGCUAUCACUUGCUGAGGCCGGCGUCUUCGAGACCCUCGAACCCUGAGGGAAAGACGGAAUAG